AUGGCAGCGGCAGGAGGAGUUAAUAGGAAAAUAUCAGCCGCUUCAGCUCGAGCUCGCACUAGAAGAGCCAAGCAAAACGCUUCUUUCAAGCUUCCUUCAGGCUAUUCACCGCCUCCCCCUAAGACAUGCGGCUCUCCUGAUGGUCCACCUGUUUCCGCGUCGAGAAUAAAGCUGAAGGACGGAAGGCAUUUGGCCUACAAAGAGCACGGCGUUCCACGAGAUGCCGCAAAGUAUAUAUUGUCUAUGUCCAUGGCUUUGAUUCUUGUAGGCAUGAUGCUGUUGUUGCCAAUACCUUGUCACCGGCAUGAUGCUGUUGUUGCCAAUACCUUGUCACCGGAAAUUGUUGAAUCUCUUGGGGUCUUUAUUGUUUCUUUCGACAUGCCCGGUUAUGGAGAGAGAUAUUUGAAACUCCAAUACGUUAGCUGGGCAGCAUUGUUAGCUCCAGUUAUUAACUACUGGUGGCCUGGCUUUCCUUCAAACUUAUCUACGGAAGCAUAUUACCAACAGUUGCCCAACGACCAGUGGGCACUUCGAGUGUCUCAUUAUGCUCCCUGGCUUACUUACUGGUGGAACACUCAAAAAUGGUUCCCAGUUGGUUAUCGUUCGCUUCACAUUUUGUUGGCUUUUGAUUGGUAUUUGAGAUGCACUAAUAGACAGCAAGGCGAAUACGAGUCUGUGCAUCGGGACCUGAUAAUUGGAUUUGGAACAUGGGAAUUCUCUCCCAUGGAUCUGGAAAAUCCAUUUCCGAAUAACGAGGGCUCGGUGCACCUGUGGCAUGGAGAUGAGGAUCUGCUUGUGCUGGUUAGUCUGCAGCGCUACAUUGCUCAACAACUACCAUGGAUUCAAUACCAUGAACUACGCGGUGCGGGACAUAUAAUUCCGCAUGCUCCCUGGAUGUCGGAUAACAUAGUUAAGGCACUUUUGGUCGGAGAGAAUAGGCUACAUUUAUGUGGAUUUGCCUGUACCCCUUUAAUGGUUAUAACCAACAUUGAUACUGCAAACUUCUCUAUGGAUUGA